UUCAGAAUUCCCUCCAGUUUGGUAAAAAAUCUGUCUUCGGUUUCAGCUGGAUGAUGAAUCCUUGUUUUUCAGGUGGCUCCAAAAUGAAUGUCGCAUGUGUUCAGACCAUCGUCCUAAGCAGACCCACCAAAUUUAGGUUGCCCAGGCUGGAGCACAGUGGCACAAAUACGGCUCAUUGCAGCCUACAACUCCUUGACUCAAGCAAUCCCCCUGCCUCAGCUUCCCAUGUAGCUGGGACCACAGGUAUGCAUCACCACACCUGGAUAAUUUAUAAAUUUUUUUUAAUUGUAGAGGUGGGGUCUAACUGUUUUCCAGGCUGGUCUCAAACUCUUGGGCUCAAGCAAUCCUUCAGGCUUGGCCUCCCAAAGUGCUGAAAUUACAGGUGUGAGCCACCAUACCCCACCUACGGUGUUUUUAACCAGAGAUGAAAAUCAGAUUCAUCUGAGAAGCUUUUAAAAGAAUUCAGCUGCCCAAGUCUUCUCCCAGGACAAUCUAAUUUAGUAGGUCUCACGUGGGGCUCUGGGAUCUCUUCAUGUUUUUAAUUUCUAUGGGUGAUUCUUAUGUGUAGUAACCCUGGGUAGAGCCACCCUAGGGAGCUGCUAUGGAUGAAUAGUGGCCACCUGGCCCAAGCAUAUGAUUACAGCAUUGAAUCCACGGCUCAAACUCCCCUAGCUUCCAGUUUCAGAUGCUCUUCCCUCUUCCCUUGAGAGCAGAGCUAGAAAGAAAUUUGUGAUUAUCGGAAGACCUCAGUGAGAAGUGGCAAAAGCUGAACUCCCUGGGAGUAGCCCUGAGGUGUUAUUAGAAGUGAAUUGUGCAAGCUGUCAGUCAACCUGACCAGGGCUCAUGCCUGACUACCCAGGGGGCACAGUCUUUAUCCAUGACUUGCUCCCCGUCGGCUUGGCGAAUGGAUGGUGACAGUGAGCCCAAGAGGCUGGCUGCCUCACCUGUUGGUGAAAUGUAAGUACAGAAGGGGCUCUUUAAGGUCAGGGGCUGUGACCCAGGAUGAAACCAAGUCCUAAAAACAGGUAAACCCACUGGAAGGAAAGGAGGGAACAUUUUUUACCCACUUCCCGAACAAGAACAAGACUUCUGCAGUGACUAUGUGGCCUAAGUUAUCAUGGGGUUUGGAAAUAUGUCAGACAAGUUUAAAAUCAGAUAAUUGUCUAAUGUUCUCUAGUAGGUACUGUGCUUAGUUCUCUCUUUCCCUUUAGUCCCUGUCUUCACACACACACAUACACAAACACACACUCACCACACACACAUACAUACCACAUACUCUCACAACACAUUCACACACAAUCACACACAUAUACACACUCACCACACACAUAUACUCACACACAUACUUUUCCACUCACACACCUUCACACACACCACACUCACAACAUACCCACUCACUCUUACAUACAAACACACUCACAACACAAACACACACUUUCACACACACUCUUACACACUCACACGUUCCCACACACAGACACACACAGACCUUCGUAGUCUUGGUGGCUCUUACCUUUCCCAGAAUUCCUCUAGACUCGCAUUAAUUCUGGGCUUAGCUGGGCUUUACCACCAUUAGCUCUGGCCACAGCUUCUUGCCAUGGAGAUUUAUUUGUUCUUUUUACUGGAGUUUGGUGGGAACCUGAGUGGCUGCGAAUCCACCUAGGCCCUUCGCUCCUACCCCUGCCCCAAGAGCUUUCUGAAGUCUGGCCUCACAGGCUUCUGGGACACUAGAGCAAAAGACAGCUCAGAAAGGGACAUUUAAAAAAAUCAUGACCCUUGAGAAUUUCUGAGAGGACCUCAUUACAACACAACCCUGGGUUGACAGGAAGGGGACUCCUUUGACCCUCAGGGUCUGCUGGGUCUGCAGCAGGGAAGGCGCAGGGGCAUGAAGGGGUGGGGAGAGGAAGCCAGCAGGACGUCCAGUCUAUGUCUCAGGCAGAAAGGAGGACAGGCUCCUUGCCCUUCCGGAGGAAAGAGAAAGGGAAUAGAUGAUUGCUUCUUGCACCGAGUUCUCCCCGCGUUCUCCCAGGGUUCCUGGGAUAGAGGGAGUUCUGGGUGGUGCGCAAGCCCCGGACUCAGAUUUCAUGUAUCUUUCAGACUGUUUCCACAGCCUCACCUCUCUUUCUGACUUCUCUCCUCUGCUUUCGGGAGCACAUGUGAAACUGUCUCCAUUCCUUUCUCUUUAGGUCACCGGAUUCCUUGAUGGGGCUGGCAGUGGUGCGGUAACCCCAGGUCCCCUUAGGGCAUGUGAGUGGUGGUGGGGCUGAGACCUGCCAACCUCCUCGCUCUGGGGGAUUUUCAGUGUUCCAGGACUGGGCGUUCCGGUCUCCCUCUCUCCUCCCUUCCCCGAUUCCCCGGCGCCCUCCCUGCCCGCAGACCCAGAGGUCUCUGAGAAUGGAAGGGAUCUGUCACUCCCAGCAGGAAAAGACACCAAGGUCCCUGGGCUGCCUGCAUUCAGUUCUCAGCCUCCUUCCUCAGCCCUCCAGCCACUGCUGGGUCUGCGGCACGGGCACGAUUUGAAAUACCCCUCCUUCCCGCUUUGAAGGAGGCUGGGCUGGCAGGGGUUAUUUUGGGAGCAGCUUCUGAGAUCCAAUGGCCUUGUUAGGGCAACACUGACCUUUCCGUCCCAGGAGGAGGGCAGGAUUGGAGAAGGGGGCGGGGCAGCGGCGGGGAGACCAGCAGCCCCGCACACCCACUGGGGUGGAGAAGGGGGCCAGCGGGCUUCGGGCUUCGGGAAUUCAGCCUCAGGCGGGGGCUGUCACCGAGGGGAAUUUCCCCUCUUUGAAAAGGCUGGGGACCCCUCCCCCGCACCCAUUCACUGGACUUCUUAAAGAGAUCACACCGUUUUCCCUUUGACUUCUUGGAAGGCAGACUUAGGACUCUUUGUGGGAACUUUGAACCUUUCCUUCCUGCUUUCUUCCCAGCAGGCAGCCUUGCUCUGGCUGGUAGAGUCGAGGCUCCCCGGCAUGGCACUGACUAGCCGACCCAGUACUGACUUGGCGCCUGGGCUCUUUCAGCCUCUGCUGGCCUCCUGCUUUCCCCCUCCUGGGGCUCAGUGGUGAGUCUGGGGGCCAGGCCCCGAAGGCACUGGAGGAGUGUUGCCGGCAUCACCCACGCCCUCUGCACCCACGCUGGAGGACGCGGAGGUUGUCAGGGGCUAUGAUGAGAUGAGCGGGGGCCGCUUCGACUUUGAUGAUGGUGGGGCGUACUGCGGGGGCUGGGAGGGGGGAAAGGCCCAUGGGCACGGACUGUGCACAGGCCCCAAGGGCCAGGGCGAAUACUCUGGCUCCUGGAACUUUGGCUUUGAAGUGGCAGGUGUCUAUACCUGGCCCAGCGGAAACACGUUUGAGGGAUACUGGAGCCAGGGCAAACGACAUGGGCUGGGCAUAGAGACCAAGGGGCGCUGGCUCUACAAAGGCGAGUGGACACAUGGCUUCAAGGGACGCUACGGGAUCCGGCAGAGCUCAAGCAGCGGUGCCAAGUAUGAGGGCACUUGGAACAAUGGCCUGCAAGACGGCUAUGGCACCGAGACCUAUGCUGAUGGAGGGACGUACCAAGGCCAGUUCACCAACGGCAUGCGCCACGGCUACGGCGUGCGCCAGAGCGUGCCCUACGGGAUGGCCGUGGUGGUGCGCUCGCCGCUGCGCACGUCGCUGUCGUCCCUGCGCAGCGAGCACAGCAACGGCACGGUGGCGCCGGACUCGCCCGCCUCGCCGGCCUCCGACGGCCCAGCGCUGCCCUCGCCCGCCAUCCCACGCGGCGGCUUCGCGCUCAGCCUCCUGGCCAACGCCGAGGCGGCCGCGCGGGCGCCCAAGGGCGGCGGCCUCUUCCAGCGGGGCGCGCUGCUGGGCAAGUUGAGGCGCGCAGAGUCGCGCACGUCCCUGGGCAGCCAGCGCAGCCGCGUCAGCUUCCUCAAGAGCGACCUCAGCUCGGGCGCCAGCGACGCCGCCUCCACUGCCAGCCUGGGCGAGGCCGCCGAGGGCGCCGACGAGGCUGCGCCCUUCGAGGCCGACAUCGACGCCACCACCACCGAGACCUACAUGGGCGAAUGGAAGAAUGACAAACGCUCGGGCUUCGGCGUGAGCGAGCGCUCCAGCGGCCUCCGCUACGAGGGCGAGUGGCUGGACAACCUGCGCCACGGCUACGGCUGCACCACGCUGCCCGACGGCCACCGCGAGGAGGGCAAGUACCGCCACAACGUGCUGGUCAAGGACACCAAGCGCCGCGUGCUGCAGCUCAAGAGCAACAAGGUCCGCCAGAAGGUGGAGCACAGUGUGGAGGGUGCCCAGCGCGCUGCUGCCAUCGCGCGCCAGAAGGCCGAGAUCGCCGCCUCCAGGGUCUCACUGUGUGGCCCAGGCUGGAAUGCAGUAUCACCAUCUCGACUCACCGCAACCUCUGCCUUCUGGGUUCAAGCGAUUCUUGUGCCUCAGUCACCAAAGUAGCUGGAACCAUGGGUGUGUGCCACCAUACCUGGCUAAUAUUUGUAUUUUUUGCAGAGACAGGGUUUUACCAUGUUGGUCAGGCUGUUGUCAAGCUCCUGGCCUCAAGUGAUCCUCCUGCUUUGGCUUCCCAAAGUGCUCAUAUUACAGGUGUGAGCCACACGCCAAACCCAACAGUUUUGAGGAAUACUGGUGAGAUGGUUUGUAGAGUGUCCCUCAAUAUAGGUUUGUCUGAUAUGUUUCUUAUAAUUAGACUGAGGUUAUAGAUUUGGGGGAAGAAGACCACAAAGUAAAGUGCCCUUUUCAUCACAUUGUAAUGGGGACACAUGAUAUGAACAUGACUGAUUACUGAGGAUAUUAACUUUGAUCUCUUGGCUAAGGUGGGUCUUCCAGGUUUCUCUGAUGUCUGGCUCCUAUUUCCUCUUUUCCCAUUCUACCCUUUGUAAUUCAGACACUCAGUGCAGCCCACACUCAAGAGAGACAAAGGUCUGAAAUUCAGCUGCACCAGAUUUUGGAGGGGGCAAUAUCUACCUAUAUUAUUUGAAAUUCUUCUGUUUGGAAGAUUUGCUCCUUCAUCCAAAGGGAACAUUUUUAAUAAUUACACUAAAUGUAUCUAAUUAUGACAAGUGUAAGCCCAGACUCCCGGGCCACCCUGGGACACUUAGGCAGAGAACAGCAGGAAAGAGCUUAGGUUCUUAAUUCAAAAGACCAUGAAUUAGAAAUGCAGCUCUUCUCCUGCAGAGCUGUGUGACCUUGCUCAAGUUCUUCACUACUCUGACCCUGCGAUCCUCUUUCCUCAGAGAAGUAGGUGAGCUAAUGCCUGUAGAAUGCUUGGCACAGGGCAGCCAGCAGUAAAGACGUUCGUUGCUACAAUCUAACAUUUGAUUUUAAAGGUGAGGAAGUGGAAGUUUUGGGAGAAGGAGGAAUGCCCCCUUAUUUUCCUUGCCCUCCUGGUCUUUCCUGCCAAUGCCUGUGCCCUUGCACGUGGAGGUGUCGAGCUCCCUCCGAGAAGGCUGGCAGGCCCACAGCCGGGAAGUGAGCCUGGGGACUGAGCAGUUGGGACCCAGCUUCUCGCAUGCAGUGGUGCUGUGAGAGCCCCGGGGGAUUUGCAUUCCUUGUGUGUCUGAGACAGGAGUCCUGCCUGCCCACGGAGCUGUUGCCAUGGAUGGGGGUGGCUGCCUGGAUGGGUUUCAAGCUUCAGGCUGAAUUUCCAAUUAAGGGAAUUUUGGGGUCAGGAGGAAAAGCAGGAUUGUGGUCAUCUUCCUCAGGGACUCUCCCCAGUCCUGGGCUUCAUGAGUAAUCUGGCAGCAGAUAGACAGAAAGCAUCCCCAGCAGCCACAGCCUCCUCACACCCAGACAGGCCCUGGUUCUCUCUCCAUCGUGGCUUCCAGCUCCUCCCUCCGGGCUUAUGUGGAACUUGUCAGCCCAGAGGCUACAAUCAGGAUAUCUUUCCUAAGAGAAGGGAGAAGGAUGAGACAGCUCUUCCCUGUAAAAUGAGCUAUGAAUUGAAAAAGAUUCUUAACCUAGAUUGUCCAGUAUGGUAGCCACGCGUCAUACAUGACACUAGGAAUGUAGCUGGUUCAAAUGGAGAUGAGCUGUAAAUGUGAAACAUAUCCUGGAUUUCAAAGACUUAGUAUGAAAAGAAUGUAAACUAACCUAUUAAUAAUUUUUAAAAUAUUGAUUACAUAGUGAAAUGGUUAUAUUUUAGAUAUAUCGGGUUUAACAAAAUACAUUAUUAAAAUUAAUUGUGCUGUUUCUUUUUACUUUUUUGAAGGUGGCUACUAGAACAUUUAAAAUUGCAUAUGUGAUGCAUGUUAUGUUUUCCUUGGACAGUGUCACUGUAGACCCAUUCAGGGCCCUCAGAAUAAUCCCAACCCUGUCACUAUGCAGUUGGGGAAACUGAGGUGCAGAAAAGGAUCUAGAUAUACUCACAUCCACAAAAUGAUCGGGAGGGAACUAGAUUUAUGUCUUCUGAUUUUGUAGCUAAGAACUCUUUUGUGAUGCCUUUUAAGGUCAUAGAUGCUGGAUUGUGGAGGGAAGCUGGUAUGUUUGGGGAGGUGCCUAAAGUUUUCAGGUUGUCAUGCCAAUACCCUGAUAAAUGCGUGUUUUCUGGAAGGAACACAGUGAGUGUUCAGAGUAAGGCUUAAACCCAGCCCCUUGCUUGCUAUAUCUUGUCUUCCCUCCAGACCUCAAAUUUCUAAUUUCUAAAAGACCCACCUUGAAAAGUUUUCACAAGGUUAAAGCAGAGCCUCUACAUGAAGGAUAUAUACACAGGGCUCAGGGUUUACAAGCAGGAAGUAGCCUGUAAGUGUCAGCUGCCAUUGCUGUUGUCUAGUCUUCUUGCUGUUGUGUCCCCAUGGCAGAGGCAGGGGAUGGCCUGUUCUCAGUUGCCCUAGGGUGUGAGGUUUGGAGCAUCUCAGGUUUUGUACCAGGGUGACAUCUGUCUGUCUUCUAUCCCCCUCAACCCCCCACCUCCAUCUCCCUACCAUGCUGGCUCUGGAAAUUCCCAAGUUGAGCACAGCUUAGAGUUGGCUUCUUCAGUUGCUGGGAGCUGAAUUUCUCUGGUGAGCAGGAGCCACUGGAGGGAAGAGAGUCUGACACUGGAUUAGGUCUCAGGGGGGCUCUUGAUAAUAAUUGCCCAACUUUGAACCUGCUUAUUGAAUUUUUAUUUAAUACGCAUUCAUCUAGUCUUUAUUUCUGGGGGCCAGGCAUGAUUUUAAGUGCCUUACAUAUGUUACCUUUUUUUAAAUUUCCUUUUUGUGGAGAACAGGGUCUUGCUAUAUUGCCCAGGCAGGUCUCAAACUCCUGAGCUCAACCUAUCCUCCCGCCUUGGCCUUCUUAAGAGCUGGGAUUAUAGGUGUGAGCUACUGUGCCCACUGGGAAUGUAUUAUUUAAUCCUCAAAACAACCCUGUGUGGGAGGUACUGUUAUUUUUAUUUUACAGAUGAAAAAACAGGCACAGACAGGUUAAGUAUCUCAAAGAGGUGGCACAACUGAGUCAUGGCAGAGCUAGAAGUUGAAGCCAGGUGACCUGGUUCUAGAAUGCUCUUAGCCACAAUCUGACCUUUGGUUGGUUUUCUUUCACAAACUUUAAUAAGCACUUACUCUGCACCCGGCUUGUGCCAGGGUGCUGAGCACCCAGUGGUGAACCAGUGUGGGCAGUGUCCUCUGGGGACUCCUAGGUUGGGGACGAAGCCAUGCAGGGAUCGGACAGUCAGUGGCGGAGGACAGGGAGGAAGGAGCUGAAAUUGGUGGGGUCCAAUGGAAAGAGCAACUAACAAUUCCAGAGGAGGUCUAGGAAAGCUCCCUGCAGGGCCACCUCUAGCUGGGAGUCUGCCAGGUGGAAAAGAGGAAAAGCAAGGUCAUUCCAGGUAGAAGAACCAGCAUGUGCAAAGGCAUGGAGGUAGGAAUGCACACGGUUUAUUUUGGGAGCAGUGAGUCAUCCAGAAUGCUGAAGUGGGUGGGGAAAGAUUAGAGAUGAGGCGGAGAAGGCAGCCUGGGCCAGGUUAGGACUGGUUUUGAAUGCCCGGUGGAGUGGAAGUCUGAUGUUACAAGCUAAAAGUAUCCAGGGGCCAGGCAGGCCACAGGUUUGUGUCCUACUCGCUAGAGGGUGGUGGGCUCAUGGGAACCAGGUCUCCCGGGUCUCCGCAAGACCCCUUGGGUGGUGCUGCCCUUCCUACUAACGGCUGUCCCGGAGGAACAUGGAUUCAAUGUUAGCACAGCUCUUGAUUUUUCAAGACAAACUAGAGACUGGCAUUUUGUUAUAAAAUCUUCCAGUUUUUGACUUUUCAUUAUGGGAAGGUGUGAAGCAUAUAUAUAAACAGAGAGAGUGGUAAACUGAACACACAUGUACCCAUUAACUGGAUUUAAUAAUUGUUAGCAGUUUUGCCAUAUUUACUUCAUCUUUUUGUUUUGUUUUGUUUUUGAGACAGGGUCUCACUUUGCAGCCCAGGCUGGGGCCCACUACCUGGGGCUCAAGUAUCCUCCCACCUCAGCCUCCCAAGUAGCUGUAGUGCAUGCCACUACAACUGGCUAACUAAAAAAAAUUAUUUGACCAGGCAAGGUGGUUCACACCUGUAAUCCCAGCACUUUGGAAGGCCAAGGCGGGUGGAUCACAAGGUCAGGAGUUCAAGACCAGCCUGGCUAAUACAGUGAAACCCGUCUCUACUAAAAAUACAAAACUUAGCCAGGCAUGAGGGCAGGUGCCUGUAGUCCCAGCUACUCGGGAGGCUGAGGCAGGAGAAUCACUUGAACCUGGGAGGCAGAGGUUGCCAGUGAGCUGAGGUGAUGCCAUUGCACUCCAGCCUGGGCAACAGAGCAACACUCCGUCUCAAAAAAAAAAAAAAUUAUUUGUAGAGAUGAGGUCUUGCUAUAUUGCCCAGGCUGGUCUUGAAUUCCUGGCCUCAGGUGAUUCGCCUCCCAAAGUGCUGGGAUUAUAGGCGUGAGCCACCACCCCUGGCCUGUAUUUGUCUUUUUGUUAUUUAUUGACUAGACUCUCAAUUCUGUUCCAACAAUCUAUAUACUUCAAUCCUUAUGCCAGAGGCUGGUCUUGAUUACUAUAGCUUUGUACUAAGUUUUAAAGUUGGGAAAUGUGAGUACUCUAACUUGUUCUUCUUUUUCAAGAUUAUCUUGGAUAUUAAGAUUAUCUUGCAUUUAUUUAUCAAGAUUAUCUUGCAUUUCGAUAUGGAUUUUAGCAUUAGGUUGUCAAUUUCUACAGGGGAAAAAAAUGCCGCUGGGAUUUGAUAGGGAUUUUCUUAAAUCUGUAGAUCAAUUUAGGGAAUGUUGUUCUUUUAACAAUUUUAAGUCUUCCAAUCCAUGAACAUGGAGCAUUUCCAUUGGUCUAAGUCUUUAAUUUUUUCAGUGAUGCUUUGUAGUUUUCAGUGUUCAAUUUUAUACUUAUUUUGCUAAAUUUGUUUCUAAAUGUUUUAUUCUUUUUGCUGCUACUUUAAGUAAAAUUGUUUUUAAUUUUUCUUUUCAGCUUGGGAGCUGUGUCAUAAAUCUCUUAGUCUAGAGCAUCCUCCUCAUUUUUUUUUUUUAUAAUUUGUCAGACUUAUUCCUUAUGAUGCUGUUUAGUUUCUCUCUUUCCUAUAAUCCUGUAAAUUCUAUCUAGAAAGGAUUCAGAUUAGAUUUUUCUGACAUGAAAACUUAAUAAAUAGUUCUGGGUACUUGAUACUGUAUCACAUCAGGGGGCACAUAACAUCUGGUUAGUGUGAAAUCUUUCAAUUCCUUUUUUCGGGUUCAAGCAUAUCUCAUGUCUCAGCCUCCCCAGUAGUUGGAAUUACAGGCAUGCAUCACCACUCCCAGCUAAGUUUUGUAUUUUUAGUAGAGACGGGGUUUCGCCAUGUUGGCCAGGCUGGUCUUGAACUCCCGACCUCAAAUGAUUCGCUGCUUCAGCCUCCCAAAUUGCUGGAAUAACAAGGCGUGCGCCACCAUGUCCUGCGUGAAAUCUUCCAGUUCUUAAGUACUUUGCAUAACAAAUUGGAGGACUUGGUUUAGGAGCAGGGGUUAGGGGGAAGAGGGUAGAAGAAGGUGGUGAAGAAUAGGGUGGGGUCACAGGCAGUGGGAUGGAGCAACAGGAAAAUGGGGAGAGGCCCAGCACAUCCUUCACUAAACCCCAAAGCUCUCACAUCCAUGCAGGAAAACCCACCAUUGUGUGGCUACAUACAUACACAUGCACACAUACACACACUCACACACAUGACAAAUAUUAUGCAGGCCGGGCAAAUCACGUAUUUGUGCUUACGCAGCCCCUGCCCCCGCUUCGUGAGUGGGUAGCCAUGAGAGCUGGGAGCGGCCUGCCCAAAUGUGUAUGACCAUACCCGGAUCAUGGCUCUUGUCACGAGAAUGAGGGGUUGUGUGGCAAGGGUCAAGCUGUAGUCUGGGCAUCAGUGAGGCUGCUGCAGCGAUCUGGGGAGAUGGUGGAGACCUGAAAUGUGGCAGAGCCACUGGAGUGGAGAGGCAGGGUCUGGUGGCACCAUUAGGAGGCUGGCCAGGGGCUUGGGCUUCCAGAAGCCUGGGGCAGUUAGUCAAAUUAUCCUUUUUGUAUUCUUCUUUUUUUUUUAGUUGGAGGAAGGAGAAUGUUGAUUUUUUGUUGUUGUUGUUGACACCGAGUCUCACUCUGUCACCCAGGCUGGAGUGCAGUGGCGCCAUCUCAGCUCACUGCAACCUCCACCUCUCAGGGUCAAGCAAUUCUCUGCCUCAGCCUCCCGAGUAGCUGAGAUUACAGGCACCCACCACCACGCCCAGCUAAUUUUUGUAUUUUUAGUAGAGACAAGGUUUCACCAUCUUGGCCAGGCUGGUCUUGAACUGCUGACCUUGUAAUCCACCCAUCUCGGCCUCCCAAAGUGCUGGGAUUACAGUCAUGAGCCACUGUACCUGGCCGAAUGUUGAUUUUCUAAUUGGAGGAAGGGGAGUGUUGAGGUGACAGUCUGCCCACUGUUGAAUCAGGGGGGUUGCAGGUGUUGAGAGAUGUCUGCCUUAGAUUGUGGGGGAGAAGGGAGGGGAAAUGCCCAGCUCCAACAUGCGGUGAAGGCCAGUAAUGAGCCCAGGGCCACACGGCACCCCGAAGGGCAGCUCAGGUCACCUUCACCCAACACAUUCUCCCUUUCUGCAUCCAGGACGUUGUCAGCAGGUGGGAAAGAAAUGAAGAACCCAUUGUUUCCUUUCCUUGUUACCUCACCACAUGCCCUUUCCUCAUCUAUCAGGGGAAGGCCAUUGUGUCGGAAACAGAGGCAGCCACGUAGAGCAGAAGGAGCACUGGAAUGAGAGUCAGGUGAUCUGAGGACUGACUCAGCCUCAGCACUCAUUUCCAGUCACAUCUUCCAGCCUCAGCUGUCUCAGGGGAUCCCAAGAGAGUGUGGAUAAUAAUGGCCAACACUAUUGGAUGACGUUCAUUGAGGACGUCAUAUGUGGCGGCCACUAAGUGCUCAGCUAAAUUAACUCAUCUAAUUCUAACUUAGGCAUAUAGAGAAAUUUUUUUUUUCCUUCGGGGGGGACAGGGUCUCACUCUGUCACCCAGUCGUGAGUACAGUGGUGUGAUCUUGGCUCACUGCAACCUCUGCCUCCUGUGCUCAAGUGAUUCUCCUGUCUCAGCCUCCCGAAUAGCUGGGAUUACAGGUACAUGCCACUGCCACUGGCUAAUUUUUGUAUUUUUAGUAGAAACAGGGUUUCACCAUGUUGACCAGGCUGGUCUUGAACUCCUGACCUCAAAUGACCCACCUGCCUCAGCCUCCCAAAGUGCUGAGAUUACAGGUGUGAGCACCAUGCCCGGCUCUUGGUUUUCACAUGCCCUCAGUCACACAGCUUGUAAGUGAUAGAGCUGAAAUUCUGGCCCUGAUCUAUCUAUGCCGCCACUUCAGAUACAGUGGGUUUCUCUUUCUCUUUCUUUUUUUCUUUUGUUACAUUGCUCUAACAUACCUGUCAUUAAAAUCCAAGGAAGAUCUUACACAUAUGAAAUCCAAGGAAGGUCAUAUGCAUACAAAAUAAAAAAGUGAUAGAUAAAACCCCCACUCUACUUCCACCCUCGUUGCACCUCUAAAGUGACCGUUUACAGUUCGCUUAUAGAAUUCUUCUACUUACUUACCUGUUCUGGUUUUGUUUUUGUUUUUCCUAAGUAGGACUACCCAGAUGAUGUUCUGUAACUUGUGUUUUUGAUGUAAUAUGUUUUGAGAUCUUUUUAAGUAAUACACGGAGAUGUAUCUUCCUCUCUUAUCAGCUGUAUACUGGUCCGAAGUGCGGAGGUACCGUGAUUCAUUUAACCGGAUCUCUUUUGAUGGAGACUGAACCCAUUUCAUGUUUUUUUGAUCACCAGUGAGGCUGCAAUGAACAGCCUUGGACCAAUAUCCUUGCUCACAGGACUGGUUAAAGGAAUGCCCCAGCCAGGCAAUGUAUCCCAUCAGGGACAUUCAAGCAGCACUGGAACACAUUGGGAAUAUAAUGGUAAUUCACGCGGGUCUUUGCAAGGGACUGACUCUCCUGACAUUUACUGUCAAAGUGUCAAUUUGGUUCCUCUUGAUAGGGACCAAAUUGAGUGAAUUCAGCAAAAAUCCAACCAACCCCAUCCAGUGUCUCACCCCACCCUCCAGUAUAUGUUCAACAAAUAUUUAAAGAAUAAUCGUUGCAAGAGACAUGCAGAUGAAACUUUAUGGAUUAAAUUCUUAAAAGGAGAAUUUUGGGGGCAAGAGAAAUGUACAUUUUAAUUAUUAUCAGAACCCAAGUUAAAUCCAAAAGGGUUGCACUCAGUUUAUAACUUCCCACCAGUACAUGAGUGAAGUCUUCUCACACCCUGGCUGCCGGAGCUAUGUGCAAUGAGUCUUUUGCAUCUUUGCCAAACUGAAGAAAAUCUGGUGUUCCAUGAACCCAGUGUCCACCUGCAACACUCCUCCAAACAACUGCCCAUAGCCGCAGAGGCUACAUCUGUCCUCUUUCUCAGUGUCUCUGGCUCGCCUCCUGAGAUGCCUGGAUAGGUUGGAGUUUCCACUAAGUGAGACUGAAUUCCCUGAGGAUGAGCUUAAAGUGUUGGAAAGGCCCCCGACCCUGAACCUGCACUUUACCAUAUCCAUCCUUUGUGAAUUACCAGAUGGACAAAAUCCCUUUGUGCCCAGAAACUGAGGUGCAGGAGUGAAUGGAAUUUCCUGAGUUGUCAGACCCGGAUUCUCGCGACAUACACAAGGCAGCUGUGACUCCGAGGCUGAGUGGUCUGGGGAGAGAGAGAGGAGCUUGCCUGGGUCCCUGGCAGCAGGGCGAUGUUAGAGAGCUACAGUGACCAUGCAUUUGGGGGAGCCAGGUCUUCCACGCUUGGAGUGUAGAGAACUAGAGAAAAGACCCAGCAUGCCCCCUUCAGUCCUCAGAAAAAGCUGGUAAGAGCUGGAAGGUGCCUUAGGAAAGAGGAGGCCCAAUGUGCUCAUUUCACAGAUGGAGAAACUGAGGCCUAGCAAGGUGCAGAGACCCAGCUAGGGUUGUACAGUGAGUCCGGGUCAGAGCAGAGAUGAGUGUGGCUGGUAGGCAGGGUGAGGGAGGCUCUUGUGAAGCCUCAGUUGGCUUCUGGGUCACAAUUAAUAAAUCAAAUGAAAGAGGACAGAGCUCUUCGAAGUGGAAAGGAAUGUUUUUAUCCCUCCACCCUUAUAAGCAGUGCUUAGGGCCUAGCUCCAGAAUGUUUCCAGCUUUACUUUUCAUUUUUUGUGUGUGUGUGUGUGAGUCGGGAGUGAGUCUUGCUCUGUGGCUCAGGCUAGAGUUCAGUGGUGCAAUCUUGGUUAGCUGCAGCCUCCUCCUCCCAGGUUCAAGCGAUUCUCCUGCCUCAGCCUCCCCAGUAGCUGGGACUAUAGGCACUCUGCCAUGCCCAGCUAACUUUUGUAUUUUUUUUAGAGAUGGGGUUUCACCGUGUUGGCCAGCCUGGUCUUGAACUCCUGACCUCAGGUGAUCUGCCUGCCUUGACCUCCCAAAGUGCUGGGAUUACAGCCAUGAGCCAUUGUGUCUGGCCCAGCUUUACUUUUUAGCCCAAGUGGCAGAGUCAGAGAACAUACAGGCCAGCAGCCUGUGCCUUUGGGAGAAAAACAUCCAGGUCCCACAGAUGCAAGGGUUUCCCCACAGUGAGACCAGUGCCUGCUCCUGGCUCCUGAGCUGAGCCCCAGGGAUUCGGUUCAGUGCUGGAAGGGCCCAGACCAAGAGUGUUGAGAGAACAGUAAAAAUGAGAAUGCUAGUGGGGGCCCCGGGUCAAUGAGAGUUGAGGCCAGGGUCGGGCAGUCUGGGCUCUAGUCCUGCACUCUUACUGGCUUUGGGCAAGUGGCUUUCCCCUAAGCUUCCCGUACUUCCAUUUAUUUCUUCAUCUCUAAGGUGUGGGGAUCAUGAGAGAAACUUCCUCGUGGGGCCUAGGAGAGGGUCAAGUGGCUGUUGAUAAAUGUGCAGCGCUGGGAGCAGUGCUUGGCAUGGACAGGGCAUCUCCCAGUGCCCCCUUCCCACCGCUGCCUGCCAGCCUCUACACUGAGGCCCCUUCUGUGCCCUGCUUCAUCUUAGCCUCAUGAAGGAGGUGCUAUUUAUUAUAUUAGCCCUUUUCACAGAUGAGAAAACCAGUUCAAACUCAUAAGAGAACUGACACAGCCAGGCUCCACCUUCUUCACCAUGAUGGGAAGAGAAAGUCUCUUAGCUGCUGCCAGGCUGACACUCCAUGCCUAGACCUCGGUGCCCAGCCAUGCUGUUGAAUGCCAUAGUGAUUGAGAGUGCAGGCUGGGGCUCUGGGGAAUUGAUGCUCAGAUCCCACUCUGUCACUUGCCCACCAAGUGUCCUCAGUCUUCCCUGAGCCUCCCUUUCCUUGUCUGUAGAAUGGGGACAGGAAUAGCCCUGCCCCCACCCCGCCAGUUAUGGUGAGGACGAUAUGAGGCGAUGUUUGUAGAGGGCUUUGUGUGGUCAUGGCAUUCGGUGGGUACUGGGUAAGGAGAGACCGUGGGCAGUUUUAUCAUCGUUCUUACCCGGAGCCCGGGAUGAGUGGAAUGUGGCAAGGCCGGCUGUCUCUUUUAAGUUUCAUCCUUCCCCAAAUGCUGCUUCUCUCCCUGGGUUUCCAAAGCCCGGUCCAACUUCCACCUGACUUCCUAAGUCCACACCAGUGAGUCCCUGCCACUGGGUGGGGAGUUAAAAAUAAAGCCUGUCUUUAAAUCCUUCAAGUAAACACCCAGCUCUCUAAAAUUAGCCCCUAUGCAACAGGUCUUCACAGCCAGGUGGGGCUUGAGGGAUGGAACUUGGUGAGGCUGGUUCCCAAAACCAGGCAUGACCCAAGCCUGGCCUCCAUGUCACCCCUCCUUGCUUCUCAAGCCUCUGGUUCUUUGGGGAGCCAAGCACCCCCUAUUUGGCUCCAGCCCCUAUUUGUCUCUCUCUCUCCACUGCCACCAGCCCACUGCAGGCCAGCAGCCCCUCUCACUGCUCCUCCCCAAGGGCCCCUCACUGAUUUUCAUGCCUCCUUCUGCCCCCGUACUGUUCUCCACACAAUAGCCAGCAUGACCUUUAAAAAAUACCAGCCUGCAUAUGCCACGCUGCUGCACAAAACUCUCACGGAGCACUUGGCUUGGGUUCCUGCAAAAGCAGAGCCUGAGACAAGGAUUCAGGUGCAGAUAGUUUAUUUGGGAGGUGAUUCCAGGAGGAAGAAGCUGAGAGGGAGUGAGUGGGGAGCUUGAGUGAGGGAAGGACAGGCAGUGCAGGUGUGUGUUAUUGAGGCAUCACUGCAGACCACGGGGACUGGAUCCAGCUCAGACCUCAGGACCUGCAGCAUUGCCCACCUGAAGGAUGGACAGAGGCUCCAGUGCCACAUUCACUGGGAGUUUCCCAAGCAGCAGAGGGUAAAGGGGCCUCCUGCAGCCUUAGAGCAGGCUCUGGGCAGGAAGUGGAUAGCUGUGCUUUGUGUGAAAUCCUGACAGUGCUGGGUAAGUCUGACCUUACAUGGAACUGACCUCCACAGCUACGGGGGAAACUAGGGGUAGACACAGGAGCUGGGAUGCAGGCACCAGGGGUGCUGCUUUUAGGAGAAAUUCCAGAUUCCUUACUUUGGCCCCAAGUCCCUUCCUUUCUGGCUCCAUUUACCCCACCGGCCUUGUCUCAUACCACUCUCCCCAUCGUUUGCCUUCAGCCGUGUUUGCUCCAACGGGCUGUUCUCUUUGCUGCCUGUAGUCCUUUGCACAUGCCAUUCCCUUGCCCAAAAUGCUUUUCCUUUGCUCCCUCACUAACACCUACUCUUUUCAUCUGGCUUCACUGAGCUUGACUGUUACGCCCUCAGGGGAGCUCCGAGCUCCCUUCUAGUCUGGGUUCCCUGUUUUCUGUGCCCCUGGUACCCCAGACCCAGGUGCCAGCACCUGUCAUAGCACCCAGCAAGUGUGUGUGGCCCAGGAAGCCUGGUUGACUGGCGAAUGUCAGGCCUUAAACACCCUAUAAUGGGAAGAACCCAUAGCAAGGGCACCCUCCAUUUCACUAAUUUCAGCCUUGAAACACAGGCAGCAAGAACUUAUUGAGAGCCUGCUCCGUGCCAGGUAAUGUUCUAGGCUCUUGGGGAAGAAAACCUGAAGAUCCCGCCUUCAUGGCGUUUGCCCUCCCAAUGGGGAGACAGACAACAGAUGCACAUAAAAGACAGAACCUGUGGUUGGGCAAGCCGCCUUUCAAAAUAUGUGGUCAGGGUGGCCUCACUGAGGAAGGCCUCAUUGACAUUGAAGCAGAGACAUGGAAUUGAAAGAGUUGGCCAGGGGGCUGUGUGAGGGAGAGCCACAAAGGAGAGGGAGGGGCCAGGGAAGGCUUUGAGGUGGGCAUAUGUUUGGCAUGCUCUGGGGACACUGAGGAGGCCAGUGGAGCUGAAGCGGAGUGACGGGGAGGACAGUAGUGGGAGGAAAGGCCAGAGAGAGUGUGGGAAGGUGGCAGGGAUGGAUGACAAUGUGGUACAGUAUGGGAGCCACCAGCAACCUGUGGCUAUUUCAAGUUAAGUUAACUGAAGUUAAAGAAAGGAAAAGUUUCCUUCCUCAGUCUCAUUAUCCAUGUUUCAAGUGUUCGAUGGCUGGGACAGCGCAGAGACAGAACAUGUUCCUCAUCCCUGAAAGUUCUAUUGGAUGGUGCCCUCGGGGGCCUUGCAGGUCACAGUAGGGCAUAAGCACUUGCCCAUACAUAACCAGGCAUGUAUCCUGGGGGCCUUUCCUCACCUCCCAAAGUGGCAAUGAUGAAAGCAUGCAAGGCCAUUUGGUCCAUCCCCAGCCAGUGUCAGAACGCCCUUCCCAUCAUCCUGCCAAGUGGUCAUUCAGUCACUCAGUCACUGCUUCUGUCUCUCCAGGCAUGGGGAGUUCACUGUGUCUCGAGGUGGUCUAGGCCUGCUUUUGACAGAUUUGCCUUUUGGAUUUGCUGAAACCAGAAGGGUUUUUACUUCUCUGUAGCUUCUACCCACGGGUCCCAGUGCUAUCCUUGAGGACUGUGUAAAUUAGAACUGUGCUCAGCUGCAGGUAAGAGAAGCUUCCUGUGGCUUGACAUGGUGGCUCCUGCCUGUAAUCCCAGCCCUCUGGGAGGCAGAGGCAGGAGGAUUGCUUGAGGCCAGGAGUUUGAGACCAGCCUGGACAACACAGUGAGACCCUGUCUCUACAAAAAAAAUUUAAAAAUAAAAAUAUUGGCUAGGCAUAGUAGCAUGCAUCUGUAGUCCCAGCUACACAGGAGGAUUCCUUGAGCCCAGGAGUUCAAGGCUUCGGUGAGCUAUGAUCACAUCCCUGCACUCCAGCCUGGGCAACAGAGCAAGACCCUUUCUCUAAAAAAUAAUUCUUAAAAAUAAGCUGCUUUACCACCUCACCCAUUGGGCUUAUUUUCUCACAUAAUUUGAUCAGAGAGGCUGUGCCAGGCUGAGUGGCAGCUCCAUGAUGUCCUCAGGGACCUGCCUCCAUCUGCCUUUCCCACCCGCUGUCCUUAGAGGGUGACUUUUGUCCUCACACUCAGAGAGAGCCACCGCAUGCCCAGCUUCACCUCUGCAUUCCUGACAGCAGAGGUUCAAAUGCAACAGUUUUUCUCCAUGCAGAAGUGAAGCCACUGCAGGGAUUUUCCCUUCCCUAAAUGUAGAGAAGGGGAAGGUGAAUAUUUUAGCCAGAUGCGUUGCUUCCUUGAACAAAUUAGGCUUCUGUUAGUGGGAAAGAGGGAGAGGAUGGCUGUUUGGUGAGAAGCUAGCAAUGUCUGUCUCAGCGUCCUAGCAGAGGUUUGAAGACGGUGACCUUAACAUCCCGAGUUGUCCAUGGUCACCACAUCUCUAGGCCCUUCACUGCACCUCUGUUUUCACAGCUUCUCACUCUCUCCAUUUUCAUACGGAGAAACAGAGGCACAAACAUCGUUCAUGGUCAAGAACCCAGGCUUUGGAGUCAGAUAAUACUCAUUUCUUGGGCAGGUCACUUCCCUGAGUCUCAGUUUCUCCAACUGUGGGAGGUAGUAGAAAUUGAUAUAGCACUUACCACUGAGGGUAAAAUGAGAUAUAAUCCGUGUCAAAUACUGCACACCACAGUCAUUCAGUAGUGGCAGUUUAAAAAACUUAUCCUAGCUAUGCUUACUCUUGCUUCAGUGAUUCCUCCUGAUGUUACUGAAGAAGAACCAGAGAGCCUAUAUAGGGUGAGAUCUCUGGGGAUUGCCCACGUGUUUCCAUAAUCCCAGUGAUCACCCAGCAAGAACCUCUCUCCUUAGGAUGCUAGAGGAUGUGUGCAAUAGGACAAGAUAGGAGGAAGGGGCAGCAGUAGGGAUCCAUUUCCAGAGCUACCUUUGGCCCAGCCAUAUCCUUGUGGGGACCUAUCGCAUUGCUGCUGCAGCACUGUUCCCAUCAGCCCUGGCUUCCUGUGGCCCUGUCUGGGAAGGGGGUGCUCCUACAAAGUCAUGGCAGCCUGGUGCCCAAACUGUCAUCCCACGGGACUUGCUAUAGCUUUGCCAGAAGCCUGGCCCAAGGGGUGGAGGCCCCUGGAGCUCUGACCCACCACGUGGAGGGUGGGAAAUACCGCAGAGCGGGUUCUCUAGAAGGGAUUUGUCAGAGGCUAAACUGAGGUGCACCCUGGGCUCAGACUGCACUGUCCUUUCCUGACCACCCAGCUGGGAUGGAUAUAGAGACAGGGUCAUGUUGCAGAAAGCCUGUCCCAUGAGGCCCUACUGAUGUUUUCCUUUAUUAAAAAAAAAAUCUUAUUCAUUUGGUUCAAAAUCCAACACUUGCUGAGCACAAUGGCUCACGCCUGUAAUCCCAGCACUUUGGGAGGCUGAGGCAGGUGGAUCACCUGGGGUUAGGAGUUCGAGACCAACCUGACCAACAUGGAGAAACCCCAACUCUACUAAAAAAUACAAAAUUAGCUGGGCUUGGUGGUGCAUGCCUGUAAUCCCACCUACUCAGGAGGCUGAGGCAGGAGAAUCGCUUGAACCUGGGAGGCAGAGGUUGCGGUGAGCCAAGACGCACCAUUGCACUCCAGCCUGGGCAACAAGAGCAAAACUCCAUCUCAAAAAAACAAACAACAACAACGAAUACAAAACCCAACAUUAGAAAAGUAUUAGUAGAAAGAGGCCACCUCCUUUGCCGCUCCCCAUCUUGUUGCCACCUCCAUACCCCAUAGGCAACUCUUGUUUGUAGAUUCUUUCCUUUCCUUCCAGAGUUCCUUUCUAUUAAGAUGGAAAAUGUGAAAUUGCUAAUAUUUGACCAGGUUUGACCAAUAAAGUGGCAAUUUCAUAUGGUUCAACCUAAUAUGAGCAAAUGCAUAUUUAGAUUCCUGUUUUUUGCUUUCUUACGCAAAAGGUAGCAUAUUAUACAUACUGUUUGGAAUCUUUUUUUUCUCUUUGCUGUGUAUAUAUCAGAGAUCUAUUCAUGUUUUUCCGGAUACAGAACUUGAUCCAUUUUUAAAUACUUAGGGGGAUUUCAUUACAUAGCUGUGCCAUAAUUUAUUGAAUCAGGCUCCAGAUGUUGAACUUGCAUGUUUGGGUGAUUUCCAGAUAUUUGUUCGGUAUAUCUCUAGAAGAAACUCCCCAGAUUGCAGUGGCUGGAUCAAAGGCUCUCUGUGGCAGUUGUCCCAUUUUAUCUUCCCAUCCAAGUUGUUUUAGGGUGGGAAGGUCUCUGCCACUGACUUGCUGAAUGACCCAGCUCAAGUCUCUGCCCCUCUGUGGGUCUCCAUUUCCUGGACCACUGAGCUUUCCUUGCCUUGUCCUUGGGGUAGAAAAAUCCAGCUCAGAUUCACUUCCUUGCUUGAGCUUUCCCACGCCCCAGUCAUGUGCAGCUAUUGUUACUGUGGAUCCUUUGGGAGAUGACCUUAGCCCAGAGGGAGUCCAAGGCAGCCCAGUGAGGUCAGCAUGGGAGAGCAGACAGAAGGGCGAGCCGAGGCAAAGGCACAGUGGUGUGACAGCUGGGGAAAGCAGCAUUUCCCAAAUGCCAGUCACUGCUGUACCUCCCUGAGCCAUGCUGUGUCCACAUGCCAUUUGGACCCCCUUCCUAUUUAAAAAAUAUUUUACCUUUCUUAAAUCUAAAUUUAUUCUUACAAUGAGACUUUAGAUCAUUGCCAUAAAUAGAAAUCCAGUAUUAGAUGAGAAAAAGUUAGCCAAAAAAAAAAAAAGAAUGAAAAAGAAAAAGAAUACAGUGAAGCAAAACAUCAUUCAAUCAUGCCUCAGUUGCUUAUUAAAAUCUCGGCUAUGUCGUGGCUCAUGCCUGUAAUUCCAGCACUUCAUGGGGGCCAAGCCAGGAGAAUUGCUUGAGUCCAGAAGUUUGAGACCAGCCUGGGCAAUAUAGUGAGACCCCAUCUCUACAAAAAAGUCAAAAAAUUAGCUGAGCGUGGCAGUGCUCUCCUGUAGUCCUACUUGCUGUUCAGGAGACUGAGACAGGAGGCCAGCUUGAGCCCAGGAAGUUGAGGCUUCAGGGGGCCACAAUCACACUACUGAACUCCAGCCUUGGCAAGAGAGCCGGACUCUGUCUAAUAGAGCAAACAAACUCAGACUCAAGGCUGCUUGCUGCUGUGUUCUCAGUUAAAAACAGUGUGUACAAGAGGCAUUAAAGUCCAAGAGUGAUGGCUCACACCUGUGAUCCCAGCACUUUGGGAGGCCAAGGUGGGCGGAUCACUUGAGGUCAGGAGUUGGAGUCCAGUCUGGCCAAGAUGGUGAAACCCCAUCUCUACUAAAAAUACAAAAAUUAGCCGGGCGUGGUGGCCAGUGCCUGUAAUCCCAGCUACUCAGGAGGCUGAGGCAGGAGAACCGCUUGAGCCCGGGAAGUGCAGGUUAUAGUGAGCUGAGAUCAGGCACUGCCCUCCAGCCUGGGUGACAGAGCGAGACUCUGGCUCAAACAAACAAACGAAAAAGAGAGACGUUAAAGACAUAUUAGCAGCAAGCGAGACUUUCUCAAUGAUGUAACAGAGUGGUUGAAAUUGAAUUUAAAAAAUUAACUUUUCUUUUUCUACAGUUUUACUUUCUGCUUUUACAGAAAUUACAAAGAACAAUGUUACCUAAUGAAUGGUCUGGUACCACCUGUCAUUCUUGGUCCUGCCAAUAGAAAGCAACUCAUCCUUUAGAGACCCUGGCCUGAAAGACAGAGUUCUCCUCUCCCUCUCUGAGAGAGAAGGAAAGCCAGACUUUGAAACGGCUUGUUCUCCAGGCACUAGACUGUGGGUAAGAGGAGGCUAAGUCCAGACAGGCCCCGCUCACAGCACGCUCUCAAAAUGCUUGUCAGUGGCUAACUCAUUAGUGGGCUUGAGGGACUCUUGAAAAAAGGACAAACAGGUGCCUUCUUGAAUCUUGUUGAAAGUGAGCAGUGGUCCUCCUCUCACUCUAUCCUGUAGCAAAUGGUUUAUCUUAUUGCUGAGGCUUGUUGGUGGAGCACUGGAAUAGGAGUCACCCAAACUGGAAAAGAGGAACACAGGACCACCCUCGCCACUUUCCCUCAUCUUCCUCCAUUCCUUCAUUUGUACUAGUAGAAAACAAGCACACACCUGUAGCACAGAUGAGCAACUUUCUUCUUCUUUUUUUUCUUUUUUUUUUUUUGAGGCGGAGUGUCGCUUUUGUUGUCCAGGCUGGAGUGCAAUGGUGCAGUCAGUCUUGGCUCACUGCAACCUCCACCACCUGGGUUCAAGCAAUUCUCCUGCCUCAGGCUACCAAGAAGCUGGGAUUAUAGGUGCCCACCACCACGCCUGGCUAAUUUUUGUAUAUUUAGUAGAGAUGGGGUUUCACCAUGUUGGUCAGGAUGGUCUCAAACUCCUGACCUCAGGUGAUCUACCCACCUUGGCCUCCCAAAGUGCUGGGAUUAUGGGCAUGAGCUACCAUGCGCUGCCUGGCAGCGUUUUUCUUGUUCAGUGUCAUCUAAGCAAUGAUUUAGGGGGACCAACGCUCCUCUCACCUUGUAGCUCCUUUCACCUUCCGCACGUGGCUUCUAGGGUCAUUAUGCUCUUCUGCAUUGAGCUGGCGAAAAGGGAAAGCACACAGAAGGAUGCAUAUGGAAGCUUCCUCCUGGCUGGGCCAGGAAGUAGGCACCCAUGUCCUCUCACAUUCCAUUGGCCAGAAGCCAGUCACAUGACCAUACCUUCCCGCAAUGGCGGUGCGGAAACCGUCUAGGUAUGUGCCCGGAAGGAAGAGGAGACUGGCUGGUGAGCUUCUGACUGGAUUCAGCCACACUCAAUAAACGUGGCUUUUAUGGACCUUUAUCACCUGCCCCAUCCUGGCUCUCUGUUUACUCAUGCUGUUGUGAGCCUGAACUUUUCCGUUUCCUAAACACUGUGUGUGUGUGUGUGUGUGUGUGUGUGUGUGCGUGUGUGAGAGAGAGAGAGAGAGAAAGAGAGAGAGAGAGAGAGAGAGAGAGACCUUUUGUGCCAUGGCUUUUGCUGUUUCCUCAUUUAAAACACCCUUUCCUCUCUUCUCUGACUGAGCAGCUCAUAUUGUAGUAGAAAAUAAGACCACAGCCUCAGAAUUUAAAAUAAGACUUUGCCAUUUCUUUCUUUCUUCUUUUUGUCCCCUCUCUUCCCCUGCCAUUCCCCCUUCCUUUCCUCUUCCCUUUUUGUCCCUUUUUUUCCCUUUUUCCUCAGGGUCUCACUCUGUCACCCAGGCCGGAGUACCAUGGUACAAUCUGGGCUCACUGCAUCUUCCACCUCUUGGGUUCAAGUGAUUGUCCUGCCUCAGUCUCCUGAGUAGCUGGGAUUACAGGUGUGUGCCACCAUGCAAGACAUGGUUUCACCAUGUUGGCCAGGCUGGUCUUGAACUCCUGACCUUGGCCUCCCAAAGUGCUGGGAUUAUAGGUGUGAGCCACCGUGCCCGGCCGACUUUGCCAUUUUCUAAGAAUUAUGUGCUGGGAGAAAAGAGAACACUCAUGUACAGCCUGGGAGAGUCCUCAAUUCCUUUGUAGAACAAAUUACAGGUUUUCUUUUAUACACAGAUGCUGCCCAACACCCUCUGUGAGAACUAUCCCGUGAUAAACAGGGGAGGGGGCAUCUUGUAGUAGAUGGAAAACUUCAGGAUCUUUUUGUCAAGAGAGCUAAUCAUCUGUUUUUUAAAGGGUUAGUCACAGAAAUUGUCCAGGGCAGUGGUGAAAGAAACGUUAAGGGUUUGAAUUUGCAGAGACAGUUAACUUUCUUCUAGUUAAUGUCUCUUGUGAGGCAUGGUGUGCUGAUUCAGUAGCUUCCUGGAGUUUGCCAGUUUCCAUGGUGUAAAUUCUGCCGCCAUGGCUGAUUUCAGGCUAGCAGUGAAAGGCAGUCUUUGAAUACAGAGCUGGGAGGACUUACGAGCAGAACUUUCUGGAACAGGAGAGAGCUUGCAUGAGCCAGCUCCAGCACACCACUGCACACACGGCUGUGUCCUCAUCUCAGCUUCAGGCUGUAGCUCAGCAGUUUCAUCUUUGGGAAAGUUUUCCAGCUCCCCUGUUUCUUCUGUGUACUCUAUUUUAGAAGUCUGAACGUUCCAAAUUUGAUUGUUUUCCUCUGUCUUCCCUGCUAGUCUAUGAGCUUCUUAUGGCUAAACCUUUGGUUUUAAGUUUCUUUCUAUCCCUGUGGCAUUGUCUGACGUCUGCACUUAGUAGGCCCAGCAAAGGCUUGCAGAAGGCAGGCAGGACAAACGAGGGAAGGAGGCGGGGUUGAGGAGCAUCAGAUGGGGAGCCAGUUCCUGUUCUGUGACUUUUUGGCAGCAUGACCUCGGACAUAUCCCUUCACGUGUCUAGGCCUGUUUCCUAGUCUAUGAAAAGUUCCUUUUUUAUCCUCCUCUGCUCCAGCUAGGACAGACCCUAUCACUACAUGGUGACGAUGAUCAUGAUAAUAAUGAUGGUGGUGGUAGUAAUAGCUACUGUUCAUUCAUUCGGCAAAUUUGCAUUCCGCAUCUCCUCUGAGCCAGACUCUGUGUAGUGGGUGCUGGGGAUUCAUCAGUGAAUGACACAGACAGAACUCCUUCCCUCGAAGCAUUUUCCUCCUUCAUUUGCAACACGCCAUGAACUGAGGGAAGCUUCACAGGCAUUGUCUCAUCGGGCAACCCUGAAGGGCGAAGCUUGGUUUUACUGCUGUGGGAAGUAGAGUCAAGUGGGUUGCCACACAUCAGCCUGUGUUUAAGGGGUGGGGAAGGGACUGCCCCUGGCAUGUGGCUACCAUGACGUAACCUAGUCUACUCAGCAUGGCCCCUCUACUGCUCACCCUGCUGCCAGUGUCCAGGCUGUUCCCCUGCCCCUCCCCUGAGUGCCUUCUCUCCAGCUUCAUCUGUUCUCAUAGAUAGCACAUCCCUCAGGCCCACCCGAGACCUGAUCCUUCCCUGAUGGUGUCUUUUCUACGUCACAGGCCCUGUCUCCAAAUCCGUCCUCGUUAUUCAGCUAAGCAGGGUUGGUCACUGGGAAUGGAAUCCUUCACCUCUUUGUUUCACUCUCUCAGGAUGCCUCUUUCCCCUUCAUCCCAACACCCCAGGGGCCAGGCAUGGACUCACAUGAAGGGCUCAAUAAACAUCUCUUUAACUAGUGCAUUACAUUCCUUAAUCUUUGCUCGGGCUCUAGCUCUAGUCUUGAGUUUAAAUGUCUUCAUCAUACAGGGUACUUAUUCUACCUGGAAAAUCCAAAGGUCGGAUAUGUUUAAAACAAAACCUUCACACCCCUCGUGUGCACCUACUGUUUGCUGAGUGUAGUGUCCAUUGCUGCAAAGAUGAGAGAGACACGGUCGCUGACCUUUGGCUCCUUGGUGUGGUCAAGGCCAGGAUUGCUGUACAGCCCUCUGCGCCUGGGACUGUCCUGGCUCAUACUGGGUAUAAUUAUGAGCAGCCUGCCUUUCACUGUCAGAUGCCCUAGUUUGAAUGACAAACUCUGUGGUCACCUUAAACAAGGCCUGAAAAUACGGCCUCUUACUCCUCAAAUACCAGUUCCUCCAACCCUAUGAAAUUGAUGCUAUUAUCAUCCCCAUUUCACAGGUGGGAAAAUAGAGGGAUAGAGCUAUAAAGUGACUCAUUGAAGAUCACAGAGCUGAGGAGAAGCAUGAUUGGGUUUUGAAUGCACAUCAUCAACUGUUACCUCAGCAAGAACUUCUCUUAAGAGGUUUUCCUGACCUCAUGAGUAGAUAUGACUUCCACCCACCCUGCCCCACACCAGGAUUCAGACUUGGCCCAGUGACCGCUAUGAUGGGAUAAGGCGACAGGGUCAGAAUCCCCUCUGGACCUCCAGUACCUGGCAUGGUGCCUGGGGCCAAAUUCAAUCUCUGGAAGUGCGUUUUGAACAAAGGGACGCAGUUGUCCAGAGGAAGGCUGAGCUUGGCCCCUCCUGGUGGCUUCUUCCUCCCCUGUCCCUGUGACAACAGGGUCAUCAACCCCCAGGAGCAAAUGGAGCUGCCUGGAAUUCCUUCCCAGAGCUCCUUAUCAGUUUUUAGAGCAGUGUGGGGUGGGGAGCGAGUGGGUGUCAGUGACAUUGGGGGCUGCUCUGGCAGAAGCUGGAAUGCCCCAGCCGAGCCCCGCCUGGGGAGGGGCCAGAGGCGGGGGAGGCCACUGGGCUGGGAGGACUCAGCUGUCACAUUCCUCCGGCUCACAGAAAGCUCUCCUGGGCGCCUUGUCCUUAUUUAGGCAGGAGAUGUCUGCUGACUGGGGACUUGUAAGAUGCCAUUGCAGGCUGGCUCUCCGAUGGGGUGGGGCAGGGGCAGAGCUCACCGAAAGCUAAGUCAGCAGGUUCCUGGGCGAGUGAGCCCCAGGUGGGAGCCUGACCCUUGGGAAGAAAAUCCACUAAGUAAUAAUAGCAAAAAAUACCAGCUAACAUUCAUGGAGUGCCUACUAUGUGCUGGCACAAUGCUGAGCUGGUCUGUAAGCUCCAGAAGGCAAGUCUCUCCUGCUCACAAUGAUAUCCCAAGAUUAGCCCAGCACAGCGCAUACAUGUAAACUGUAUACUGAAUAUGCAUGUAUACUAUAUACUAUAUACACAUUCAGAGUAUCAAAAAGGGUUGUAUCAGUUCUGGCAGGAAAGGAUCUAUUAAGUGCUUAGUAAAUACUUGUCACAACUGAAUGAAUAUACUCUUCACAUACCACAAUUUACAUAACCCUUACAAGAAGUAGCUACUAAUAUAGCUAAGUGCUAUUAGUAACCCAUUUUACAGAUGAGGAAACUGAGACCGGGAGAGGUUCCUUGAGUCGGCAAAGGUCAUGCAAGUUGGAAAUAGGGGAGCUGGGGUUUGAAAGCAGGUUGUCUGACUCCAGCGGUAACUAAUGCUUCCAUCUUCUUAUUUGGGUGUAAGCCUGGCUGUGUGGAUUGGGUGGGUUACAUACCUUACCUUUGACGUGGGGAUAGUGAUACCUACUUUAGAGAAUAUUGUGAGAAGUAAUUGAGAAAACACAUGCAAGUCCCUGGCACCCAGUAGGUGCACAGUAGGUAUUGCCUAUUCAUAGUGGUGGCGUUGAUGAGGAUGAGGAUGAUGGCGCUGAGUCCCAGGGAAUUCAGCAUCCUCUUGCUGGGUGACACCCAGGGGACUGAGUAGACAGAUGGUGAGGCCAUUUUCCAGCAGACUUUGUCCUCAUCCGGGAGCGCAGUGACAGUCAUGGCCCUCAGGAGAGGGUGGGAGGACCUUCAAGCUGUCUCUGUUUCCUGAAGGAAAUGUUCACUACUCCUAAGCCAUCUGAAGCCUCCAGGUUCCCCAAGCAAGAGGCCUGAUGGCAGCUGGAGUUGGUUUUACUCUCUGUUAACCCAUGGUAUGUAAUCAUGUUUUUGUGCCAGCUCAAUUGCCCAAGGCUUCCAUGAGCACCUCCUGUGCACCCAGACUGACUUCCCAUCCCUUGGUGUCUGUGUGUCCUUGGGCAAGUUAUUGAAAUGCUCAGAGUCCCGGUUUUCUCACAUGUACACUGAAGGUGAUAAUAGUAUUUCUCUCAUAAGGCUGCUGUUUAGGUAAAGUGACAUGAUAUGUACAAGUACUUACAAUGGGGCCUGUCACGUAGUACAUGACCCUUCCAGUAUGUCUAUAACAGAGUAACAAUCACAAUGACUAACUUUCAGUGAUGGAAAAUGAUCACACAGACUUCUCUGGGCCUCAGUUUCCCCUUCUUGUUCCUGUGUUGGUCUUAAAGGAAAUGAGAUGAUUUUUGAGGGUCUGUCCAGCUCUGUGAGUCUCACAGUCAAGUAUAUGUGAUUCGUAUAAUGAAACAUUUAUCCAGCACAUUCCUGGUGAGCCUAGAUAUUUUCAGAUAAAUAGUCCUGCUCUGUGCCAGUUUCUGUCUGAUGACAGACACACAGCAGUGAAGCUUCUGGCCCUUGUGGGACCCACAGACUAAUCAGAGGAAGACAAAGUGACCUGGCAGGGAAGUACAGGAGAUGGUAAGAGCAGAGAGCUGGCAGUUAGGUAAGCUAUGCUGGGGAAGGGUCCUGCAGGCUGUGUAGGAGUUCACCAGGUAAAGACGUGAAAGAUGGGGAUGGGGACAAGAGUUCCCAGGAGAAGAAACUGCCUGUGCUUUCACCCCAGGGAUGGAAACAAUAGACAGGGCACGUUUGAGGAACUGGAAGUUUCUGUCUGCCUAGAAGGCUGAGUUUGGAGUCAGACCAGAGAGGUUGGCAGGAGCUAAGUCAUGAAGUCAUACGAAAGCAUUUCCAUCUCAUCCUUCAGGCACUAGGAAAGGCACUUUGGGGGUCUUAAGCAGAGAGUCAAGACCAGAUCUCCUGGGGGUGGCCUCUGGGGAAAGUUUCUGGACCAGAUGGAGCAUAAGAAGGAAAAUAUACAUCCAGGGUUAGCAUCUAGCUGGGCACCCCAGUAGGUACAGUCAUGCCAAUUAUUAAAUAUUAAAGUAGUCUGUACUGCUUUGUAACUAGCAGCCUCCCUGAGCCCCCCAGGUAUCCUGCCAACCACUGUUGCUAUUCUGUCCAUUUGAUCUUUCCCAGCACCCAGUAGCUACAUGGUCAACCACUCAGCACAGCAGGUGGUUAUAUACAUAUGUAUUUAUAUCGCCCCUGCCUACCUCUCAGUCAUGCCUUCCAGUAAAAGAUGCUUUAAGAAGGCAUUAGAGAACAUUAGAUGGAACAAGACCAGCCUGAGAAACGUGGGCUUUAACCCAGGCCUUGCCGUCUUCUUCUUGCUUCAUAGGCAGGAGAUUAGACUAGACUCUCCCCUAGGGUCAUCCUGCCAUAAGAUAGAAUGGGAAUAGACACCCAGCCCUCUCUGGCCUCUUGCUGGGGCCCCCAGUCACUGUGCAAACUGGAAGCCAGUGAGCAAGGGUGCUAGUGAUGAGGCUUCAGGAAUCAGGUAGACUGCCGUUCCAUCCCAACCCGCAGCUUCCCGGCUGCGUGGCUGCCCCCAGAGCGGGGCUAGUCUCCCUAUUCAGUGGACAUAAUAACCCCUGCCCCUUAGGGUUGUUGUAGGAAUAAAUUAAACCAGACCUCUAAAAGUCCUGGUACCAAUAGACGUGAGGUUUUUAAAUAUUUAUUUAUUCAUUUUGAAGUGAGUAUAACAUAUACACCUUCAGAAUAUCCAGCAGGGUUGUUUCACUCUGGGUCCUGGCAGGAAGAGGUCUAUUCCAACGGUUUAAUUGGGGAGACUUUAAUGAAGGUGCUGUUUGCAGAGAUGUGGGCAGAAAAAUUAACAAGGUAUGUUAAGGCAUCCAGGACUAGCAGCCAUGGGAACCGCUAUGCCCCAGGUAUGAAGGGGCACGAGGUUGGGGAGAGGGAAACAGUGUGAUGACUGGAGCAGGGAUGGGGUGGUUGGGG